UGGCUUUGAGUUGUUCUGAGGUUGUAGCAAUUCUCUAAUUUCACACGGGCAAACCUGGGCAUGGAUAAAGACAAGACUGGCAAAUUCAGCCUGUUCUGCUACUUGAAGCUGAAAACUUUCUCCCAAAGUUUUUCCUCAGCCAGUUCACAAUUUUCCGAGAGAGUGCAGGGCUCGUCAUCUGGUCACAUGUCUGGUGCGAGUGCGUUUUAGCUGCCGUCUGAAAUUACUCCUCUCAGAACCCUCUUGGCAACGGGCAAAGAAAAUGUCUGCUUAUUAAUAUUCGCUCAUUAUCACGCUUCGUCUCACGCUGGGAGUGACCUUUUUUUUCUUUUGCUUUUAUUUAUUUUUUUGCUUUUGAACCUUACGUUUUUUGGCAGUUUUUUUUUAAGUUAGAAUUGCCUUUUUUUUAAAUCUUUUUUUUAAUAUUUUUUUUCUUUCUAUCCUCAAUGCGCAUGGCUGGCAUUAAGAAUUAAUCAAGUUUUUACCCUGAAGACCCAAUCACUCAUAGAAAUCCAAGACUCCAAUUAAGAAAAACCUCAAGCUUCCAAAGAAACUUUGGCUGUGGAAUUCAAGGAGAUUUUGGAAACUACCCCAAGGAUAUUGAUGCACACAUACUUGCUGUUCUUCCUAAAGUUUCAGAGCUGAGAAAAGUGUUUGAGCCCAGCAGGAGGGUAAUUACAGAGAUGAAGAGAAAAGAAAGAAUUGCGAGACGUUUGGAAGGCAUUGAAAAUGAAGCACCGCCAAUUAUCUUACAGAGCAGGCUCCUAGAAGAAGACACCCCAAGAUACACGCGAGCUACUGAUGAAUAUAGCCCUAAUUUAGGACACACAAACGAUGAUGCAACUUCAGAGUCUUCAGUAGAAACACAUUCAAAGUUAAGGUAUCAUCCAAAACCAGCAGAUAUUCAGGCAGAGACUACUAAUGUUCUAGGAAAUAUGAGCGCACAAGAACAGGAAUCUAAAGCAGACCGGAUAGCUCGAUACAAAGCUGAACGUAGGCGCCAGUUGGCUGAAAAGUAUGGCCUACCUUUGGACUCUGAAGGAGAUUCGGAAUACCAGUCCAGGUAUACUCGAUCAAGGAAGGACAGUGACACGUCCGAGAAGAGGUCAGGCGUUUAUGAGGAUGAUGAUUCCAAGGACAGUGUUUCUGAUUGUUUGUAUCAGCCGGAAAGCAGGAAGGCUCGCCUCUCUGACGUGAAACACCAUGACAUUAAUGAAAAUGUGUCCACCUGCGAUGCUCUGCAAAAUCUGGAAAACAAUAACAAGUUUCAUGGCAUCUCACAGCUAGAUGGUCCUGCAGAUUCUUCUUCAUAUGGGCUGGGAAACAUUCUAGGAGAAGCGCCACAGUCACCCAAAUUCCCUCGUCGUGCAUCCCAGACCUCUCCGAAGCGUUCCUCCUCUCCUGUUUCCUUAUCUGCAGAUCAACAGCAACAGCAGGUGGACAUCAGACAAGGUGCAGGGAAGCAGAAACCAGAGUGGUUCCUUCAGAAAGAUUCCGAUGGGGACACAGCGUCUCUCAUCAGCUGGCCCUCCAGAGUUAAAGUUAGAGAGAGACUUGUGCGAGAUGAGAACAUGCAUGGGAAUCCAAAAUAUGACACAGAGAUCCCUACCCAAAAGAUGCAUCAUGCUGCCCCGGUCUACUUUAAGCCCUUUCAGUCUGAGAACUCUGCAUUUGAUAGAGUCUAUAAGCAGCCAACCCCAGGCCGUCAACCCAUCCACGGUUAUGUCCAACCAGCUAAUCUUGCUCACACACCCAAGGUUGUUUCACAUACAGAGUCUGACAGCGUCAUGGUGUCUGCCUUUACUACCUCACUAAGAAAUCCACGGGCAAUCAAGGAGAUGAAUCCUGAGAAAUCACAUCAAAUCCAUCAAGAUCUGACCAGUACAGUUGCACCCUACAAAACCGAGAUUAGUAAUGGUAAGCUUCAUGACUCCUUUGAGGAAAGUCCAAGAUUUAUAUCCUCCUAUAACGACAAGCAAAAAAGUGAUGAAGUAGCACCUCCUAAGGAUACUCUUCCAUACAUGUCACAAAAUGUUCUACCCCAGAACAAGCCAAACGACAACUUGGGAAAAGCCGAAGCCAUUAUGCAUCUGCAGAGCGGAGCAACCCCCGAUCCAUUCAGACCACCAGGGCAACCCAAGGAAGUUUCAACGAUGAAGCAUAAAAUGUUUGUGCGCUCACUGUCAGACUCUGGCACGCAAAAAUCAGAAAUUUUGCAAGUUAAAGUUUCAGAUGUACAAAAAGAGAUGGUAUUUUUGGGCACUGAAGAAGAUUCUCACAUUGCUAAUGGAGAAGCUGGACUGGUAAACACUAAGGUGUCUGUGGCCCAGCUUAGGACUGCAUUUUUGGAGGCAACGAAUUCAAGCAAAAAAGCAGACUCUGAACCCAAGGCUGACAUGCCAACAUCAAGUGUUAAUCUUGGUGCCACCCAUGAGCGGGAAAGAGGCCCGCGAAGGCCAAGACUUUAUAUCUCUCCUGGGGACAAUAGAAAGACUUCUGAGAGAUUUAGAACCCAACCUGUAACUUCAGCUGAACGAAAAGAAACAGAUAGGACAACAUUUCAACCAUCUCCACCAGAGCAGACAGCUGAAGAAGAAGCAAAGGUGGAUGAAAGGGCAAAACUUAGUGUCGCUGCAAAGAGGCUUUUGUUUAGGGAACUGGAAAAAACUGCGGACCCAAAAGCCCCCAGGCCACGUUCUAAAAAUGCGGCCGUGGAGAGGAGGCUCCGGCGCAUGCAGGACCGGUCGCACACUCAGCCCGUCACCACCGAAGAAGUAGUGAUUGCUGUGACCAAGCCUAGCCCUGCCGCACACACAGUGACCACACACACUGUAACCCCAAGAGUCCCUAGUCCCACUGUAACUAAGAGUUGUGUGCAUCGUAUCAGUUUACAGGCAUCCGCGCAUCACAAAGCUGCUUCCAAGGCAGAACCAGAAAUUGCAAAGGAAACCAAGGCAGAACCUAGUAGCCCCGAGGAACCAGAUUCUUCUUCUCUGUCCUUGGCUGAAAAGAUGGCCUUAUUCAAUAAACUCUCCCAACCGGUCAGCAGAGAGAAAUCGACUCGGAGCAGGAUGGAUGUCCGACUGAGGAGGAUGAACGCCCGCUAUCAGACUCAGCCGGUUACUCUGGUUGAAGUUGAACAGUUCAAGAACGGAGGUGAAAAGAUCGCUCCAUUAUCUCCUACUGUGGUAACAUCUGUGGCGACUUUAACGUCUCGGUCGUCUCCUGUCUAUCCCGGGGACAUGAAUGUCACAAAGUCAUUUAAUUAUGACGAGAGACUAUCAGGUGUCUCCAGCUCUUCAACCUAUCCUCACACUUCAAUGGAGACAGGAAACACUACAGAGCGAAGCCUGUUGCUCUCCGAAUCGUGGAGUUCUCCUGCUGCCGAUAAAGACAAAGAAUUGAGGAAACCGGUGUUUGACGAGAGCACAGCGUCUGUGGCAGAAGAUAGCAGCAGCCUGAGAAAAUCUAGCUUUGUUCAGAAGGAAGCUGCUCAUCCUGCUCUGGAUGUUGCAAGGGAGGAGGAACCUGCAAGAGACCAGAAGAUGCAUGGACAUGUUAUCUCAAGUAGGAGCACGGCAGAGUUAUUCAGCCAAAAGACAGUGUUACAACCUGCUGUAUGUAGAGAUCAGCCAACAGGAGACAGCGCCCUGCAGGUACAGGUGGAUGAUAUGCAAGACGAGAAGAGCAAUCUGCAGUCAGAAGGAACCACGUGGAGCGUGAAGACUGCUCUGGCAGAGAUUGUCGAGCCGGCCUCUGAACCUCUUGGCACCGUCACAACAUCACAAGCAGUUUCUCACACUUCGUCUGCGGUAUCCAGCAGACCACAAGCAGAAGAGCUAGAGGAGAGGAAGACCCCCGAGAGGACAACAGAGAUUUCCCCCACCACCGAGACCUAUUUAGAGGAGGAUUUUGACAUUUCUGGCAAAGGCAUGUCUAUCCGAGACAGGCUGGCUCUGUUGAAGAAGAGCGGGGAGGAAGACUGGAAGAACAGGCUUAACAAAAAGCAGGACUACACCAAAGUGUCUGUCAUAGAGCGCAGCUCGCUCACCCAGCUGCAAGAAAUUGAGCAGUCGCUGAAAAAGAAGGAAGAAGGAGAUAUUAAAGAUGAUUAUGUCCUGUCUAAUCAGCUGUGGGAACCUGUCUAUGCUUCUAUUUACACUCCUGCUAUACCUGCCGCCUAUAAAUGCCAGUAUUUUGUUCCCAUACAUCAGGUGAGGAAACCGUGUGUUCCCUGUUCAGAAAAUGGCUGGGAGAGUAGCUGUACAGGAGAAAAGCUGAAAGAACCUAAGUCCCUUCUUUCUUGGGAGGUCAGUAAUGAUAGAGUGAGAGAGUCAAGUCCGGGGAUGUUUGCUGAACGUCAUCCUUGGAGAUGGAAGCAAAGGGUCACUGAUGGUGAGGCGCGUAUGACCAUCGAGGAGAGGAAGCAACAGAUUACUGUUAGAGAAGAGGCCUGGAAGUCAAAGGGCAUUGGAGCCGCCAAUGACUCCACGCAGUUUUCUGUUGCCGGGCGAAUGGUAAAAAAAGGCUUGGCUUCACCUACCGCCGUAACGCCGAUAUCAUCACCAUUGGCUCUUAAACCCAAGUCUGUCAAUGUCGUUACGAAGCCCUCUGAAGAAAUCGAAGCCAAGCCUGAAAUGCAGUUGGAAUCUGAUAGAAAACUGGAUAAACUUGAGUCCUUUUUGGGAAGAUUACACAAUAAAGUUGGGGGUCUGCAGGACACAACACUUACAGUCACCAGUAAAUCGGUGAAAGAAGUUAUGAAGCUCGAUGACGAGGAGACGUUCUCUCGCUUCUACCGGCCAUUGGAGUUCCAGGCCAGCCCUGCGCCAUUCUUCUUUGAUGAUGAUUUUGAUCUUUUGUUCAACACCGAAGAACCAAAGUUGACCUCCACCGUCGCAGAGCACAAGCGGGCAGUGAGACCCGUACGAAAUGUCCAGGCUUCAGGGAACCCACUUAAAAUGCUUGCGGCUCGUGAUGACCUCCUGCAGGAGUACACGGAGACCAGGCUAAAUGUGGCCUUUAUGGAAUCCAAAAGGAUGAAGGUGGAAAAGAUGUCAAAAAAUUCUAACUUUUCUGAAGUGGCGCUGGCUGGGCUGGCAAGUAAAGAGAACUUCAGCAGUGUCAGUUUACGCAGUGUUAACCUUACGGAGCAGCACUCCAACAACAGCGCAGUGCCAUAUAAGAAGCUUAUGUUAAUACAAAUUAAAGGACGUAGACACGUUCAGUCAAGGCUGGUUGAACCCCGGGCUUCCUCCCUGAACAGCGGUGACUGUUUCCUGCUGAUCUCCCCGCACUACUGCUUCCUGUGGGUCGGAGAGUUUGCAAACGUCAUCGAAAAAGCAAAGGCUUCAGAGCUGGCUUCCAUAAUUCAGACAAAGAGGGAAGUGGGAUGUAGAGCGUCAUAUGUGCAGACGAUCGAGGAGGGAAUAAACACCCAUACGCACUCGGCCCGGGAAUUCUGGAAACUUUUGAGUGGACAGACUGAAUAUCAAGAUGCUGGAACCCCAGAAGAAGAUGAACGCUAUGAAAACGCAAUCAUUGAAACAAACUGUAUGUACCGUUUGGUGGAUGAUAAGCUGAUCCCUGUGGAUGAAUUUUGGGGUAAAAUCCCCAAGUGUUCCCUUCUAAAGUCUAAAGAGGUCCUAGUAUUUGAUUUUGGCAGCGAGGUGUACGUGUGGCAUGGAAAAGAGGUGACACUGUCUCAGAGGAAGGUGGCAUUCCAACUAGCAAAACACCUCUGGAACGGGGUCUUUGACUAUGAGAACUGCGAUAUUAAUCCUCUAGAUCCCGGGGAAUGCAAUUCUCUUAUACCAAGGAAAGGACAUGGUCGUCCAGACUGGGCUAUAUUCGGACGACUGACUGAGCACAACGAAACGAUAUUGUUUAAAGAAAAGUUCCUGGACUGGACAGAAAUGAAGAAACCCAUUGAGAAGACUUUGUGUGAGGAACUCCCAAAGCAAAAGGUUGAAAAGCAGGAAGAUGUCAAGGGCUAUGACGUGAUGUUGAUGGUCCCAGUCUCUCAGGCAGCUGUGGCGACAAUAUUAGAUGGAUUUAAUGUGUGCCGCGGUUAUGGGACUAUUGAAGGAGAUGAUGGGAGGCAGUAUGAACUGACUACUGUGUCUGUGGACGUCUGGCAUAUUUUGGAAUUUGACUACAGUAGGUUACCCAAGCAGAGCAUUGGGCAGUUCCAUGAAGGUGAUGCGUAUGUGGUGAAAUGGAAAUACAUGGUGAGCACGACAGUUGGACAUCGGCAAAAGACAGAACAUGUAAGAGUAGCUGGGAAGGAAAAGUGCGCCUACUUCUUCUGGCAGGGUCGCAAUUCACCUGUCAGUGAAAAGGGCACCUCAGCGUUAAUGACCAUCGAGCUGGAUGAGGAGCGAGGAGCACAGGUCCAAGUCCUUCAGGGGAAGGAGCCGCCAUGUUUCCUUCAGUGUUUUGAAGGGAGUAUGAUUGUGCAUGCUGGGAGGAGAGAAGAGGAAGAAGAAAAUGCCCAAAGUGACUGGAGACUGUAUUGUGUUCGGGGAGAGGUUCCCAUGGAGGGCAAUCUCAUUGAAGUGGCUUGUCACUGCAGCAGCCUCCGGUCCAGGACCUCUAUGAUACUGCUUAAUGUGAAUAAAGCCGUCAUUUACCUCUGGCAUGGAUGCAAAGCACAGAGUCACACAAAUGAAGUGGGGAGGACGGCGGCCAACAAAAUCAAAGAACAAUGUCCUUUAGAAGCCGGGUUGCAUAGCAGCAGCAAGGUGACUAUAUAUGAAUGUGAUGAAGGUUCAGAACCCAUAGGAUUCUGGGAUGCACUUGGCAGGAGAGACCGUAAAGCCUACGACUGCAUGCUACAAGAUCCUGGGAAAUUUAACUUUACUCCACGGUUGUUCAGUCUCAGUAGUUCAUCUGGAGAGUUCACAGCUACCGAAUUCAUGUAUCCGUCCAGGUUGCCGUCAGUGGUAAAUUCAAUGCCAUUCUUACAGGAGGACCUGUACACAGCCUCACAGCCAGCUCUAUUCCUUGUUGACAAUCAUCACGAGGUUUACCUCUGGCAGGGCUGGUGGCCCACAGAAGAAGACAUCCCUGGAUCAGCACGGAUACGAUGGGAUGCAGACAGAAAAAGUGCCAUGGAGACCGUGCUGCAGUAUUGCAAAGGCAAGAACAGUAAAAAACCACCCAAGUCCUACCUAAUUCACGCCGGUCUAGAACCUCUAACCUUCACAAACAUGUUCCCAAGCUGGGAGCACAGAGAAGACAUUGCCCAGAUCACAGAAAAGGAUGCUGACGUCUCCAAUCAGAUCAUCCUUGUAGAAGAUGUUCUGGCCAAACUCUGUAAAAAGAUUUACCCCUUGGAGGAACUCCUUGCUCGCCCUUUACCCGAGGGAGUGGAUCCAUUAAACCUCGAAAUUUAUCUUUCCGAUAAAGAUUUUGAGAUUGCAUUAGAAAUGUCUAGAGAAGAAUACAACACACUGCCAUCCUGGAAACAAGUCAAUGUCAAAAAAUCAAAAGGACUUUUCUAAAGAAGGAAAUCUCGUCGUCUGGACCUUCCCUCUCGGUUUGCUGGAUGAGCCCGCCGUUGUCUUCCAGCCGCCUCUCCACUGUGCUACAGCUGAAGUUUGCACUUGCUGUCAUUACAUUUGUGCACAAUUCAAUGUACUGUCUUCUAGCCCUGUGUGCAUAGGACAGUGAAGGACAUUAGCCACAUCCAGUGUGAGAGCUGAUGACGGUGAUUACUGCGCUGCCUGUUGACCCCUGUCCUAUUAUAAAUGUACUGAAGGAGCCUUUGAAAAGAUGAAUGUUUCUCCAAGGAAACCCCCACAGAUAUCGAUAUCUACCGUGCACUUAAGCUAAAUGCAAACUUAUUCCUUGGCUGCAAAACGUAAACUUUUUGGAUUAGGUUCUCUCUUGUAAAUGUUGUUUGUCAGACCCAGUAGAAUGUAUUUAUAUCAGCACUGUGUAUUUGACUAUGCAAUAUAAUCACUGUGUAAGAUUUGUGUGUUAUUACACAAACCAUCAAAUUCAAUGCCGUGCUAACAGCAGAUAACCUCAGGUUGUCUCUGUACCAUAUGCAUUUGUGACGUUUUUUUUUUGUUUUGUUUUUUUGUUUUUCUUUGCAUGUGAUGGUAAGGAACAAAGUGUGGAUGCACUUCUUUCCACAGUGCCCUCUGGUGGUACAGAAGUGAAAAUGCCGAGCUAGCUGUCCGAACCAUUAUGCUUCUGGGUGCGAGACGACCUGCGUGCUCGCCCCCACAAAGCACUGCUGGUGUUAUUCACAGAUAUCUUUGUAUUAUUUUUUUUUUUCCCUCGUGCUUUUAUGGGGCUCGUAACCAACUGUAUAGUGCCUUGUUUUUGUGUACAGUUUAUAUACAGGAAAAAUGUAGUCUGCAUUUUGGAAGCAGUUAUAAAAAGCAUCUGAUCUUUGUACUUUAUAAUAGAAGACAUCUCAGUUUCUAAUACCCGGUGUAAACUUUAAACAUGUAUUUUGUGAUAUAAGAUCCCAAAUAAAAUUAAAAAAAAAGCUUCACAAAA